AUAUAUCCUGCUUAUAAAUAACUAUAGCGGUUAGCUGUGUCUAUCUACCUAACUUUCUUUUGAAGAGGGUUAGAGCCAAGGGUAUAACUUUGCAGCUUUUGAGAUGGCAGCAGGAGGUCAAAGCUCUCAGCAUAUGCACACUGGAGUCCAGGAACAAACUGAACAUGACCCCGACCAGCCCCUGAGCGCCUGCCGGACUGCCAACGCCUGCCUAGUCUCGGGUCAGGUGGUUUGCAGACGGAGAGACCUACAACAGACUGCUGUGAAGCUGUCAAAGUUGAACUGAAAGCAGAGUUCCAAACCCUGCUUCAAACCUUCAAAACAGAGAUGAAUACUAGGAUUGAUUCAAUGAAAUCUGAACUUGGCCGCAAAAAUGACCAAAUUGACAGGCUGAUGCAAGAUCGCGAGAAAACUCAUGGCGAACUGGAAAACCUGAGAGAGAAGCUGAGUCUCAAGGACCGGGAGAAACGGUUAAAUGAGAGAGAUCACCAAAGGGAAUUGCAAGAGAAGAAUGAUGAGAACAAGAGCCUAAGAGAUCGCAACAAGGAGCUGACAGAUCGCAACCAAAUGCUGGAGGCCCAGGUGAAGACUCUAACGGAUGAGAAGAAGAGACUAGAAGAGGACAUUCGAAACCACACUCAGAAAGUUGCAACUCUAGAAGCUAAACUGGAUAACAUGAAGAAUGAUAAUGCCGACAUCAAACGGGAGCUGGCUGAGGUGAGACCACUAGUCCUGUGCCAUGUGCUGCUACAUGCAUGUAUAUGAAUAUAACGUACUAUACCUGAUGCAGUUGAAGGCUGACCUUGCAACUAACAGGCAUCAGGUAUGACGUUUAUUUUAUUUUAUUGUGUGUAUCAAAUUAGUUGUUGUGUAUCAGUGUAACCACGAUCCUGAGUCGAUGGCUGCCCUUGAGGCAAGAAUGAUGGAGAAAAUGACGGAGAAGAUGACGCAAAUGAUGAGCAGCAACGUAGGGAACGGGAGACAGUCUCUCUCCCACUCAAGUGUUGAUAAGCUGAGGAACAACAAG